GAACACACUUUGCUAUCUAUAUAAUCACCUUUUCUCUCUCACACUCUUUCAAGUUCACAGCUUUUGCUUUUUUGUUCGAGUGUGCCUUCUUUUGCUCUGAAAGAAUCAAGAGUUUUUUUUUUUUGGUUCUUGUUUCAGAUAGUCUCAGUUAAGCAUAUGGAGGGCAAAGAAGAAGAUGUUAGACUUGGAGCUAACAAGUUUACAGAGAGGCAGCCCAUAGGAACAUCAGCUCAAACUGACAAGGACUACAAGGAGCCACCACCAGCUCCGUUGUUUGAGCCUGGUGAACUCUCUUCCUGGUCCUUUUACAGGGCUGGGAUUGCUGAAUUCAUGGCUACUUUCUUGUUCCUUUACAUCACAGUCUUAACUGUCAUGGGUGUCUCUAAGUCUGGUAACAAGUGUGCCACUGUUGGUACUCAAGGUAUUGCUUGGGCUUUUGGUGGUAUGAUCUUUGCUCUUGUCUACUGCACUGCUGGCAUCUCAGGUGGACACAUCAACCCAGCAGUGACCUUUGGUCUCUUUCUUGCGAGGAAGCUCUCUCUGACAAGAGCUUUGUUCUAUAUGGUUAUGCAAUGUCUCGGUGCCAUCUGUGGUGCUGGCGUGGUGAAAGGUUUUGAGGGUGACCGUACGUAUGAAACCUUGGGUGGUGGAGCCAACGUUGUUAACGCUGGCUACACUAAGGGUGAUGGUCUUGGUGCUGAGAUUGUUGGUACCUUUGUUCUUGUUUACACCGUCUUCUCUGCUACUGAUGCUAAGAGGAAUGCCAGAGACUCCCAUGUCCCUAUUUUGGCUCCUCUUCCCAUUGGGUUUGCAGUGUUCUUGGUACACUUGGCCACCAUUCCCAUCACAGGAACUGGUAUUAACCCAGCAAGGAGUCUCGGAGCUGCUAUCAUCUUCAACAAAGACCAUGCUUGGGAUGACCAUUGGAUCUUCUGGGUUGGACCCUUCAUCGGAGCUGCCCUUGCUGCUGUGUACCACCAGAUAGUCAUCAGAGCCAUUCCUUUCAAGUCCAGGGCUUAGUUAAUUAUGUUUCCUAGCUGAGUCUCGCCAACCACUUUUCUCCCUAAGCGAAUUCUCUUUUCCUUUUUCUUUACCACUUCUGUCGUGUAUUUUUGCUGCUUUUCCCAUGUGAAUUUGUUGUUUCCGAGGUGUUAAAAUUAUGUGUGUAAAUUAUCUAGUGGUGCUGUAUUAAGUUUGACACCAACUGAAUGGAGAAAUUCUUUUUAUCUUUA